UGUAGAUUAACUGCAACUAUCAAUUUAUUAUUGAUACAGCGGUGUAAAAGUCACAUGGAAGUGGAUAAAAUGUACAUAUUAUAGUUAAACUUGUUUUAAAACUUAAAAAAGAAAAGAAACUUCUACUUAUAUUUCCUAAUCAAUAACAUAACUGAACUGCUUGAAUUGCUUUAAAUGGACUGGUAGAUUUGAAAAGAUUGUUCAGUGGAUUUUAUACAUAUUUAAAACAAGCAUUGCACCAAACUGAGUUGGAUUAACUAUUAUGUUUAACAUUUAAACCGGACCUCUAAAAGUGCUGACUUUAGUGAAGCUAAAAACAUAAUAAGUGCAACAAUUAUUAGAGUGACAAUAUAAGCAAAGUCCAGUGAUUUUAAUUAUUUCUUUAAAUGGUAUAGGGCUCCUACAAGCUUGAAGCCAACAGAUGUCAUAUUGAAUAUUUCACCACUGAAAGCUGAUAGUGCUGACUAUAUAGGAGGUUCACUACAUGUCCAGCAUGUCAACCUUUGAUUGGGACUGAGUAAGACAUGGGAUCAGGUGUAACUGUCAUGAAACACAGUGAAAUGGAAGACUGGCCAAUCAUUGGUGUAGUAGUGGUUGCAGAUAUAAACAAAUGUCCUGCUGGUUUCACUACAAUCGACCGGACAUAUGACCGCACUGAGGAAGCAGACCUGUGGAGAGAUGGGCUGUUUGGUCGGAGAGUGUGCCGGUACCUGUGUGUACAGAGAUCCGCACCACAGCCGGGUAGAGAGGUUUUAGUGGACAUCAGCAUCAUCACAGAGAAGGAACAGGUGCCGGCUGGGUUCACCACCCUGGAGUUAACACAUGACACACGUGAAAAGGCGACAAAGAAGAAGGUGAUUUGUGUACGCUGGAUGAACGCCAGUAUUACUACCAGCGCCCUAUCUGAGCUCAUCUUCAUGGGUCGUGGGAGCAAGAAACCACCCCAGGGCUACACACUGGUCGGUGAAUUGAACAACUUGAUGCUUUGCUACAAAAUGUCGCCAAUCAAAACUGUGUCAGCAAUUAGCUCCCAUAACAGCGUAGAAUCAUCCCUUAAUAACAUGUCGAACUUGUCCAACAACUUGCCCUACGCCCUCCACCCGGCCACCACCCAGGGUUAUACACAAGGUCAAAGUGCCCCCUAUACACAAGGUCAAAGCGCCCCCUAUACACAAGGUCACAGCGCUCCCUACCCGGUCCCGCGCCAACUCUCUCACGCCUUUGGACCCCCAGAGAGGGGCUACACCAGUCUAGGGGUCACAGUUGCACCUCUGUCGGGAGUCCCAUGGCAAUUGAGCUCCAAACUGCAGGCUCUGUCCAGUCUAAAACAAAUCCAGAUACCCACAAUACGAUACAAAAGUUAUAAAGAUAUAGAAAAUGAAUAUUGCUACCAGUUUGAUGUUGAACGGACUGCAAAAGCAAACAGUGGAUAAGUCAAAUAAUGUAUACAGUGUUUCUACUACCUGUACUACAAGUACUUUCAGACCAAAGACAGUAGAAAUCAUGCCAACACUUGUAUCAUGUCGUCCCUCUAUAUGUACAAUACUAUCAAUGAAGAAAUGCUCAACACAAGGGAUAACAAGUCAAGGUCGCAUUGACUCCUUUUAUUUUUAAAGGAUUCUUGACCUUGACAGGUGACCUUUGAUUCAUGAUUUUUAAACAUGAACUCUAGACUGUAGCAUUUGCAUGGACUGGUUGUUAGCAAAUUACAUUUUUGACUACUUAUAAUGUCUAUUGAACUUGAUAUAUGUCAUACGAAGAUUUUGGCAGUGAGAGUUGAUAUUGCAAUUACCUGAUAUUUAAUAUUUUGUUUGUUUGUAGGUUGUGCUCCUGGUGGCAUUUGUAUUUUUAUAUUGUACAGAAAACAUUUAUAACAAUAGAUAAGAAUUACUUAUGUAAACUAUUUACUUUAAACUAAAUAUGAAGCACUAUUAUAUUCAUGUAACUUAAAUACUAGAUUUUAAUGAUUUGUUUUUGUAAACCUGGUGUUCCCCAGGUUCAUUAUACAAAAAAAAGCUUAUGUAAACAUAAUAUCGUGUACAUACAUAGUGCAAAUAAUCCAUAAUAUGGUGACAUGACAGUUUAAUGCUCUACUUGAAUUUCUGUGAUUAAUAAAAUUUUCGUGCAUUUUAUUAAAAAUGUAAGCUUUACUUGCAGUAUUCGCUUCAGUGUACAUGGUCACAUAGACACUAUGUUUGGUCUUUGAAAAGGGGGUUUAAUGAAUGUGCGUAAAGUGUCCUUCCAGAUUAGCCUGUGCAGUUAUGAUAUUUUUGGUUUACAUAAAGUCAUUUCUUAGCACGAAUCAAGUUUAGGUGGAAAGUGACUGUGCGGACUGCACAGGCUUAUCAGGGACGACACUUUAAGCACAUUCAUUAAACCCCCUUUUGACAUAGUAUGGAGGAAUUAUGUUUGUUUUGUUUACGUGGAUUGUUCGUCGAUUUCAACAGUAUUUCAGUCAUAUAACAGGUAAUAUCACAUUCGGUCUGUUGACCAACUCACACUUUUCCUGGGAUAGCUGGUAUACCAGCACUGAGUGUGCAUAUUUAUGCCAGUAACUGCCAUCUGCACAACUUGAAACAGACAUAGUAGGCAAAUAGCCAUAGAAAAGAUUGCAUGACCAAUCUCGACCAAACUUUUGUUGCUGGGCCGGGGAUCGAACCCGCCAUGAUUGGAUUUGUGUUUAAGUGAUCUACCAUCUGAACAAGCCGGAAUGUCGAAAUGUAUCAAAGAAGAAUGUUCGUUAGUGUAGUAUAAAUUUGUUUAUGUUAUUUAUGUUUGAAAACACAUUUUUAUAAAUGUGAUAUUAAGCCCAUCUUCAUUUGUAUGCAAUAAACGAUCAUCAGGCAA